AUGCAUUCGAUAGAGCAGCUUCAGCUGCAGUUGCAGUCCAAGGCAGCGCUAUCGGAUAGCGACGAACAGCACGAGGAACAGGAGCAGCAGCCGGAACAGCACCAUGAGGAUGACAGCGAGGAGGCGAUUGUUGACGAGGCCCACUCCGAGGACAUCGGCAGUGCCGAACAGGAUCUACCCGUUAAAGAUGCCGAUCCCGAACUAUCCCUAACCAUGCCCAGCUCCACAGAGUCGCCCGCGAUCGAGGUGCGACUGAAGCAGAUCGCACAGGACUUCGAGAAAAUGGCCAGCUCACAUGAGGUUCAGCGAAAUGGCGCCAAGGACGAAAUGACGCCACAAUCCUCCCUCUCCCUCAGUGAUCUUAUACGCACCCUGCGCCCCAACGAGAAGCAGAUCAUCCCACAAAUCGAUUCGGAUUAUUCGAAUGCUAUGCGCGUCCUGGGCAAGACCUCGGCCGUCAUGAACAACGAGGACUCUCGAAAAUUUAAAGUUCUGUCCGACGCACACACCUUAGUUGUCUAG